AAGCCAAAAUCCCUUUUGGGCCUCCUAGUGCGACCAGAAUCCCAAGUGCGGGAUGAAAUAGAUGAAGUACAGGCUUCUGUCAGGCAGCAAUUGGAUAAAGAACUCAUUCGUCUUUUUAACACGUCAUUAUUUUGUUCCAUGUCAGUGACUGACAGAGAGUGCUUGGAACUUGCUGGCUCUUUCAGAACUGAGCUGGCUCUGAAGCUGCUACAAUGUUUAAGGCUAACAGAUGCACCACGUUUUUAUGGACUUCCUUCACUGGAGAGAACAUUACGAGGAAUGGUUCAUGUUACUGCAUUUCCAGGAUGGAGUAACUAUUCUGCUGAAGUUGAACCUCUUACAAUUUGUAAGAAAUAUUUAACAAGUCUUCUUGAGGUCAUCUCAUCGUUUUAUGUUGAAUGGGGAGGAAAUGCUAUGUCCUUCAUGGGUAAAGGUGUUACGAAAAGCACAGUUCUUUGCUUACUUCACUUAUCUCAUGAAAUGACGGCUCAAGCCAAGGAUAUGGACUGGAUAUCUCUUUGGUCUUUGCCUUAUGAUAACAGUGAAGAACAAGUUCUUUCUCAGCUAGGUUUGGCAUGGCUGGUUCCUUUAUGGGUAGAUAGAGACCCUGAGGUAAGAUUUACAGCACUUGGAAUAGGAUCAGCUCUUACAUCUCUUGAAGUAGGAUGUAUAGCAUUAGCAGAAAGUUGCCAGAAUAUUUCAGGAGGUCUGUGGGGAACAGUGAUAAACAUCCUUCUGGAUCAGUCUGAAUGUAGCAUGGUACGCAGGGAGGCUGCUUUUAUUCUACAAAAUCUCCUUGUGAUUCCACUUCCUACUGAAGACAUGAAAGAUUGUAUUUGGCAAGGUCCAUGUGUACAUGAUGAAGAAUCUGGCCUCUCUCAGACAGGAAAACCUGCACUCAAGGCCCUUUUGUAUCACUGCCAGUUCUAUGAGCAUGUGAAGCAGAUGGUGAAACACUGUUACCUAGGAUGUUACAUGUUUGAUUUGAAUUCUUCCAAGGAAGACAACCUCAUCAUAAAAAAAGAUGAUAUAACUGAUUUUGAUGAUUCUCUUAAUCUUUGGAAGGCUCCAUCCAGUCAAAGCCAGUCUUCACAUUCUCAGUCAACAUCUGAAACGAUGAUUCUGUCUAUGUCACCAACACUGGGGACUGUUACUGAGCUUCAGGCAACAGUUCCAACAAAUUCAGUCAGUUUUAUUCCUGAAACUGUAGUUGAUCGGCUUAUGGCACAAGGUCAAAGCGAUACAACCACAACAGAAUCUCCAAGUCAACGUGAUUCUCCCAUGUCUGCUGCCCUUUCUAAACAGUGGGCUGUAGUCACACCUGCUCUUUUGUCAGCUGUUUGCAGCCUUCUGCACAACCUGCUGGUUGUCACUCCAGAAGAUACUGGAAUUGCUCUUCAAGAGGCACAUUUGCUAACAGCUCUCAGCAGUCUUGUAAGUGCUAAUCUGGUUGAGAGAUGUAUCUUGGAAGUGAAAGCUCCUUUGGGUCAUCCUUGCCAUGUAGAACAUGUAAAAGCUCAGGUAUUAUUACAACUUCAAUACUUGUCAUCUGUGUCCAGGCUUCUGAAAUCAUGUUUAUUGGUGGACUCUCAGCUUGUAAUCCAGGAUGAAGUGUUGAAACCUUUCUUGGGAAAUAUCUUUACAAUUCUCGCCAUUCGCUCGAAAGAUGGAUUAGAUACUGAGUUAACGUCUGUGCUUCAUGAAACAUGGGUAGACUUUUUCAGCCUUCUAAUUACAUUAUUGUGGAAGAGUGGCCAAAUAUCUUUUCCAUCUGUGACAGCAGCCCUUGCAAAUCAUUGUACAGCAAUAAUUGAUAACAUUUGUGAUUGUAUUCAUCUGUCAACCACACAUCCAUUAUGUGUGACUAGUUUACAGUUCCUCUCUGUCCUUUUGAAUGAAGAAGGAAGAAGACAGCUCCAAGAUAAAGAGAAUACAUGUCAGAAUCCAACUAUCAGCUUUCUUCUGGAUCACAUUGAAGGAUGCCAGGCAUCAGUAACUCAACUGACUGCAUUAAUUAUUCAGAUCUGUGAAAGAAAAUCUUCAAAGGAUGUGCUGAAAGAAGUUGCUACAAAUGCACUGCUGUCUCUUUUAGCUGUCAGUAAAAAUGCCCAGAAAUCUGCUUUGGAAGUUGACUUGAUAAACAGCUGUAUAGAAAACAUGAAACAUAUUCAUGCACAGCUGAAUUUGGAUUCCUUAAAGGCUGGGAAAACACAGAAAAAAAAGGAGGAUAACCUUAACAAACAGUUAAGGUGUUCUAUGCAGCUCCUCAGAAACUGCCUCUUUCAAAAUGAAGAAUGUAAAAUGGCAGCACUCAAAACUCACCUUGUUCCUGUUCUGCAUUCACUAUGGCCAUGGUUUUUAAUGGAUGACUCCUCAAUGCAAAUAGCUCUGCAUUUGCUUUGUGUCUACACUGCAAACUGUCCUGCAGGUUGUACUUCACUUUGUUGGGCCAGUGGUGGACAAUCAUCAUCACUUCCGUCUGCACGAAGUGCAGCUGGCAAUUCAUUAAUGCAUAACAUCUUGAAAUUGGCUUCCCAAGUGUCAAAUGAUAACAGCCCAAUUCAGCAGGUGGUCUUUUGUCUUCUUUCUAACCUUGCUUUGUCUCAUGACUGUAAAGGCAUUAUUCAGAAGAGUAACUUCCUGCAGAACUUUUUGUCUCUUUCGUUACCAAAAGGAAGUAAUAAAAAUCCUGGUAAUGUGUCUACUCUUUGGCUAAAGCUGCUACUGAACAUAUCUUUUGGAGAAGAUGGACAGCAGAUGAUUAUGAAGAUAAAUGGGUUUUUAGACCAGAUUGUGGAAAUGUGUAAAUACAAACACAAAAGCAGCCAACAUCUAGCACUUCUUAUUCUACAUAACAUAUGUUUUAAUACAACUAAUAAGCCAAAGAUAUUAGCUAAUGAUAAAGCGAUUGCAGUCCUGUCUGGCUGUUUGGAGAGUGACAGUUGUGGUGUUCAGAGAAUAGGAGCAGCUUCGCUUUGGGCUUUGCUUCACAACUAUCAGAAGGCAAAAGUGACUUUGAAGAAUCCAUCAAUAAGGAGAAUAAUAGAUGAGGCUUAUUCUUUAGCAAAGAAAACUAUUCCACAGCAAGAAGAAAAUGAGCUACAUGCCUACUAUUUAAAAUGCUUAGAGAAUAUAGUGCAGCUUCUUGAUUGUUAAUCAUCAUCAGAUGACUUCUUAUGUUGAAAGUGGACAGCUUACUAAAUGAGAGCCCAAAAUUUAAAGAAAACACUUCUAAUUCACGGAUCUGUAGCAGCAGCGUAUAUGCGAUGGAGGAAGCUUAUGAAGCCUUUGAGGAAGAAGUUCAUCACUUUGAACCAAAGAAAUCGCACUACACGCGGUAAUGUAAUCCCAACAGGACAUCAUAAUGAUGCUAUGUAUAGUAUGUACACAGAAGAAGGAAUGUACAGAUGAAAAGGAUGUGAAAAAUCAGUAAUUUUCCUAAAUUAUGCAUUGAAAUUGUUACUGUAAAGUAUUAGAAUUGCUGUUUUGCAUUGGUCUUAAUAAAG